CAUAUUUUAAUGGAACACGAACAAAACGUAUACACGCCAAAUGGGGGGAAUCACAAUGGACAAUAUGUACAAAAUCAUCUUAAUGAUGAUAAAAUAGAACCAGAUACACCAUCCACAAAACAGACUAAAACGGAGGAAAUUACAUUACAGAACGGAAAGUUUAUAAGAAAUUGUCAAAUACCUUCUGAUCUUUUAAGGAAUU